AUGGCGGGAGCCGUGCCCCUGGCCACGGCGCCGGCACUCGCGGCGGCGGGGAGCCUGUACGAGGCGCUGCGGGUCGGCCGCGCCGCGACGCAGGUGGAGAUCAAGGCCGCGUACCGCGCCAUGGCCAAGCGCCUUCACCCCGACACCUCCCGCUCGUCCUCGUCCCGAACUGCGGCGGCGUUCCUGGAGAUCCAGCGCGCCUACGAGACGCUGUCGGACCCGGACGCGCGAGCGCAGUACGACCGCUCGCUCGGGCCGCCCCACCGGCCGCGGCCGGGCGCCGGCGUCGUGCGUGUGCGUCGGUGGGAAACGGACCAGUGCUGGUAG